GAUUUUGUAAGCACGGGUUGUGGGUAUGCGUUACAUGUCCACUCUUGGCGUUUUCGUGAGUUUCAGGUGUAACCGUGGUAUUUGUUAAAUUCGUCUGAAAUAAGAAGUUAAGUUAGUUUACUUACCAGAACUUCACUUUCCUUAGUUUGUGAUAUUUUAUAGAACGAUUGCUUUUGGGAUGGCACACAGCAGAACUGAACUUCCACAUAUACCGACAACUAAAGCAUCCGUGGUUUCUUAUCCCCAUCAGUCAAUAGAUUAUAUAAAAGAGAUACCAAAAUGUGAUCGUCAGAGCUUAGUUGAAUGGAGAUUAGGUGUUCAGGAAUCAAUUACUGUCGGAAUACUUGAAAAAAUUUCACUUCUAAAGGCUGAUAUGAUUGAACAUCUUAAAAGGUCAAACUUUCUGGAGCACGAACAGAAGUCUCAAAAGGAUAUUCUUAUCAACGAAAUUAAAACCCUACUUCAAAGCAUUGAGAAAAUCGAUUUAGAAGUUCGUAAAUUUGAAGAAAAUGUACGAGAUAAAUGGUCUACGGUUAAAGAUGCCGCUAUAAAUCUAAAAAAUUUAGAAAAUCAUCACUUAACUAGCUUAACGGAUGUAAGAAGUCGCAUAACGCGUUGUGAUCAAGCUAUAUCGACAUUAUCACAAAGAACAAAUCAAACAAUUGAAGAAGUACGCCAAUUGGUAGAUACUCAUAAACAUGAUAUAAAUGAAUUGAAUGGUCAACUUAAAUUACAUGAACAUAAGUUUGCCGAAAUAACAAAUCAAAUUGAUCGUGAUAAUGUUAAAUUUAACUCCGCUGUUCAGCGUUUAGAGGAGACAUUAUAUAAACAAAUUGCCGAUGUUGAAAGACGUUUACAACAAAAGAUCAGUGAAUUACAGAAUGAAAUUCAAGUAUCUAUUCAACAAUGUCAAGAUGAAAAAAGAUCCUUAGAAUCACGUUUGCUUGAUAAUAUACACACAAUGGCAGCAAACCUUGAAAAUCGUAUUGCAUUUGUUGAAGAGAAAACAAAUGAAUUAAAAAUUGAUGAAGAAUUAUACGAUCGAGUUGAUAAUAUCGAAGCAAAUUCAUCAAAUUUUAAACAACAAGUUUUGAGAACAUUUAAAGAAAUAGAAACUCGAAUGAAUAAACUUUCUGAUGAUUUAUAUGAACAUCAUCGUCAAACAAUUGAAACAGUUCGGGAAGAAAUGCGUCAAGGUUUUCAUACAAUGCAUGAUACAUUAACUAGUGCAAAAUCUGUAUUAGAAAAUAAAUUACGUAUAUCUGAAGAAACAUUACAUAUGGAAUUAAGUCAAUUAAGAAAAUUAAUAGUUUUAGUAUAAACUGAUCAUUUGUUUAAAUUAUUAACAAUGAAUGAUAAAGUAUGAUGUUCACUUAAUUAGAUAGAAACAGAUUCUUUAAAACGAAUUAUCUACAUUAAAUGUUUCUUUUUUGACAUUGGAAUCAUGUAGACAAAUAAUCUAUAUACUGUUUUAUUAUUAUUAUUAUUAUUAUUGUCGAUUGUAUAUGUGGUUAUUAUUAUUCUUUAUAAUAUUACUGAAAUAUAUACUUUCUCAUUAUUAUAAGUAGUAUGUUUCUGUAUACAGAUUUUACAAUGUAUUUCUUAUUAAAUGAUAUUGUACUCCUGUUUACUAAAAAACAAUUUUCUUCAUUAUUUGAAAUUUCAUUGUUUAAUGAGUUAUAUUUAUGAUAAAACAAUUAAUU